GUCAGCGGUUGUAGUGAGGCGCCGAAGCGCGGUGCUGCGCGGUGCCAGGACCGUCCCGGGAUAUUUGGAAGGUUAAAGGUGUCUGUUCCGCAGGGGUAUGACCACCGCGGCGGGGUCCGGCACCGGCUUCGGCUCGGUGUCCUGGUGGGGCCUGUCCCCGGCGCUGGACCUGCAGGCGGAGAGUCCUCCUGCGGAAUGGGACCAUCGAGCCGACCCCGAGCCCGGGCCCCCCGAGCUGGAGGUGCUGCUGCUGGGCUCCGUGGACGGGCGGCACCUGCUGCGGACCCUGGCCCGGGCGUCGUUGUGGCCUCGAAGGGGCUUCCAAUUUUAUGUGCUGGAGAAUAAUCUGGAAGCAGUGGCCCGGCACAUGCUGAUCUUCAGCCUUGCUCUGGAGGAGCUAGACAAGAUGGGCAUUCAAGAGCGCAGCGAGACCUUCCUGGAGCUGUGGGGAAACGCGCUGCUGCGCCCCCCGGUGGCCGCCUACGUGCGCGCGCAGGCCGCGCGCCUGGCGCAGCUAGUCCCAGAGCCCGACCGCCUGGAGCGGCAGUUUCCCUGGCUCCGCCUCUGCGCUCUCAAGUUUCGCGAGCGGGACGCCCUGGAGGCAGUGUUCCGCUUCUGGUCCGGAGCGGAGCGGGGCCCCGCGGCCUUCCCCGUGCGCCGGCUCUGGGACGCGCGGCUUCGCCAUUACCUGGGCUCGCGCUACGACGCGCGCCACGGCGUCAGCGACUGGGACCUGCGCAUGAAGCUGCACGACCGCGGGGCCCAGGUCAUCCACACCCGCGAGUUCCGGCGCUGGCGGGACACGGGCGUGGCCUUCGAGCUCAGGGACCCGGGCGCUUACCUCGAGCCCAACAGGACGCUGGCGUCCGGGCGCCUCCUGAGCCACCGUGGGGAACGCGUGGCGGCGCGCGGGUACUGGGGGGACAUUGCCACGGGGCCCUUCGUGGCCUUCGGCAUUGAGACGGACGACCAGAGCCUCCUGCGGACCAGCAACGGACAGCCGGUCAAGACCGCCGGGGAGAUCACGCGGCACAACGUGGCGGAGCUGCUCCGGGAGCUGGCCGCCUGGGGGCGCUCGCAGGGGGACCCCGGGCCCGCCGACGCCUCAGGUGCUUGGCGGGGGAAGGCGCCCACUGCGGCGCCCUUCACUAUCCACUUCCUGCCCCUGGGCUCCGCGCAGACUCUGCACCACAAGAGCUGCCACCGUGGCCGGUUCCAGCUCCUCUAUGUGUCCUGCGGCAUGGCCCAUCUUCUCAGCCCCGAGCUGGGGGCCUGCGUGGCCCGCGGCGGGAACCUCGUCGUGGAACUCGCUAGGUACAUGGUGGACCUGCGGCCCGAGCAGCUGCGGGCUUUCUCCGCCCAGGUUGGGGAGCUGGCGCGGGCCGCUGGGUUCGCUGAGCACCCUGGGGCCCACCCCUCCGAGACCUUCGCGCGCUUCUGUAAGUCGGGGGACUCGGCCGCUUACCUCAAGGACUCAGCUGUGGGAUCAGAACCUCCGCUCCGCGAGGUCCAAACCCCGCCUCUAGCAGGAAUGAGCCCGCCCUGGGCGGAAGUGGCCACGCCCCUAGAAGCAAUGUGCCCGCCCCAGGCGGACGCGGCCACGCCUCCAGAAGCAAUGAGCCUGGCUCAGGAGGUCGUGGCCACGCCCCUAGACGCAAUAAACCUGUCCCAGGAGGACGCGGCCACGCCUCCAGAAGCAAUGAGCCCGGCUCAGGCUGACGUGACCACGCCCCCAGAAACAAUGAACCCUCCCCAAGAUGACGUGACCACGCCCCCCGAAGCAAUGGACCCGCCCCAGGUGGACGUGGCACACCCCCAGAAGCAAUAAGCAUACCGCGGACGGACGUGGCCAC